AUGGCAACUGACUGGGUAGCUUUGUCAUACGCGUUGACUGUGACAUCUCUGGUGUCGAUAGCGCUGUACGCUGUAAUUUAUACAAAGUUGCGAUUGAAGAGCUCGUCCGAGACCAGCCAUUUGCUUCAAACUUCGGAAGGAUUUUUGACAGCAAAGAAGUCACAGGGGAUGUACAGAAUCGCAUGGAGUUUCUAUGCUGGAAGCGUUGGAUCCUGGUGUAUCACCAGCCCUUCCAACUACGCUACUUAUGCUGGAUGGAUCGGAAUGAUCUUCAUGGCCAUAGGCACUGGUGUUCCUCUCAUCGUGCAGUCAUACUUCGGUAGCAUGGUGCAAUCCAAGUACCCCACUGUCAACUCGUUCGGGGAUUUCAUCACCGCAAGGUUUGGACCCACAGCUAAGUUGGCGUGCAUAGGGGUGGCAUUGAUCAAUAUGGCUGUCAUGAUGCUUGCUGAGUUCACCACCAUUGGAGGGCUGUUUCGCGAUUUUGUAGGCACGGAAGGGUUUCCAAUCAUUCUGAUUGUAGCCACCGUUACGACGGUAUACACCAUGUAUGGAGGACUUCUGGUUUCGAUCGUGACGGAUCAGGUUCAAGGCAUCACCAGCGUCGUUCUUAUCACAACCAUCAGUAUAUAUGUUGCUGCCACCUUCAAACGGGAGCUGCCGCCCAACUUCGGCAGUUUGAAACAAUCACUGGGGCCGAAUCAGUCGGGAUACAGCUCAAUCCUCGUCAUGCCAGCAUCGCUCAUGUCCUCAGUUAUGUUCAACGAGGGGAUGUGGCAAAGGGUAUGGGCUGCAAAAGAUCCGCAAUCGCUCAAACGAGGAGGGGUCCUGGCUUGUCUUGCUGUGGUGAGCGUCGUGUUUCUCUUCGGACUUGGAGGCUUUCUCGCAGCAUGGGGUGGACUAAUCGACUUUCAAACGGGAAAUCCCAAUCUGUAUCUCUUCCAGGUGUUCAAAUCAUCUCCGAACCAAAACAACGUGCAUGUCAAUCAGUUCAUAGAAGUCCUGGUCCUUGUGCUCGCAGCUGUCAUGAACGAGUCUGCCAUCGAUAGCGUGCAGAAUGGGCUAGCAGCAACCAUUUCAACGCAGUUCUUAAGGGGAAAGCCUCUGAUCUGGGCUCGAGGGUGUGUUCUUGUAAUCACUGUCAUCAUAGUUCCAUUUGCUCUUGCAAACUAUGCAGUCCUGUCAAUCUUUCUGCUGCCUAGUAUCUUGGCAGUUUGCUGGCUCUUUCCGGUCAUGCUCGGGGGCAUCUGGGACACACCCUUGGGUCUGCGAGUGGUCUCUGAGUCUUCGCUUAUAUUCGGAGGACUUGCUGCCGUCCUGUCAGUCUCUGCGUAUGGCAUC